AGUUCCCCAGCUGUGUGACUCUGAAGAGGUACUGUGUCCCGAGUACAGGAACUCCUGAGAUGGUGGGAAAAGUGAACCAUCACAUUCCUCUCCGUGGAGAUAAGAGGACUUGGGCUGGAAGCAUGUGGUGUGUCCUGAGAGCCUGGAGGCGAGGGCACCUGAGCCCUAGGGGAGUCCAGGGACAGCCAUGGCCCCCAGGCAUCCGUGCUCUGGCCAGUGUGGCCUCCAGGAGUGGGAACGAGUACAGUCACGUGGUGGUGGGUGCAGGCUCUGCGGGCUGUGUGCUGGCCCGACGGCUCACUGAGGACCCUGAUAAGCAUGUGCUGCUGUUGGAGGCUGGGCCCAAAGACACGUAUGCAGGGAGCAAGCGGCUCUUGUGGAAGAUCCACAUGCCCGCGGCCCUCGUGGCCAACCUGUGCGACGACAAGUACAACUGGUACUACCACACGGAGCCGCAGGCAGGCCUGGACGGCCGCGUGCUGUACUGGCCCCGCGGCCGGGUGUGGGGAGGCUCCUCGUCCCUCAACGCCAUGGUCUACAUCCGCGGGCAUGCCGAGGACUACGACCGCUGGCACCACCAGGGCGCCACAGACUGGGACUAUGCUCACUGCCUGCCUUACUUCCGCAAGGCGCAGUGCCACGAGCUGGGGCCCAGCAGGUACCGCGGCGGCGAAGGUCCACUGCAUGUGUCGCGGGGCAAGACCAACCACCCGCUGCACCGGGCAUUCUUGGAGGCGGCACAACAGGCCGGCUACCCCUUCACCGAGGACAUGAAUGGCUUCCAGCAAGAAGGCUUCGGCUGGAUGGACAUGACCAUCCACAAAGGCAAGCGCUGGAGCACAGCCUGUGCGUACCUGCACCCGGCACUAAGCCGUCCCAACCUCACAGCUGAGGCCCAGACAUUUGUGAGCAGGGUGCUGUUUGAAGGCACCCGCGCAGUGGGCGUGGAGUACAUGAAGAACGGCCAGAGCCACAGGGCUUAUGCCAGCCAGGAGGUGAUUCUGAGCGGAGGUGCCAUCAACUCCCCGCAGCUGCUCAUGCUCUCCGGCGUCGGCAAUGCAGAUGACCUCAAGAAGCUGGGCAUCCCCGUGGUGUGCCACCUUCCAGGAGUUGGCCAGAACCUGCAAGACCACCUAGAGAUAUACAUCCAGCAGGCAUGCACCCAACCCAUCACCCUCUAUGCAGCGCAACGGCCCUUGAGGCAGGUCCAGAUUGGUCUGGAGUGGCUCUGGAAAUUCACAGGGGAUGGAGCCACGGCACACCUGGAAACAGGUGGGUUCAUCCGGAGCCAGCCUGGAGUCCCCCACCCAGACAUACAGUUCCACUUCCUGCCAUCCCAAGUGAUUGACCAUGGGCGUGUCCCCACCCAGCAGGAGGCUUACCAGGUUCAUGUGGGGACCAUGCGGGGCACGAGUGUGGGCUGGCUAAAACUGAGGAGUGCCAACCCCCAGGACCACCCUGUGCUGCAGCCCAACUACUUGUCAACAGAAACUGAUAUCAGUGACUUCCGCAGAUGUGUGAAGCUGACCAGAGAAAUUUUUGCACAGGAAGCCCUGGCACCAUUCCGGGGAGAAGAGCUCCAGCCAGGAAGCCACGUGCAGUCAGAUAAAGAGAUAGACGCUUUUGUGCGGGCGAAAGCGGACAGCGCCUACCACCCCUCGUGCACCUGCAAGAUGGGCCAGCCCUCCGAUCCCACUGCCGUGGUGGAUCUGCAGACCAGGGUGAUUGGGGUGGAAGGCCUCAGGGUGGUCGAUGCGUCGAUCAUGCCCAGUGUGGUCAGUGGCAACCUGAACGCCCCCACGAUCAUGAUCGCAGAGAAAGCAGCUGACAUUAUCAGGGGGCGGCCUGCACUAUGCGACAAGGAUGUCCCUGUGUACAAACCUGGGAGCCUGGCCACUCAGCGUUGAGGCAGUCGCUGUCUGAGAAGCCCCCUGACUAGCCAAGAGGGCCAGCACAGCCGUUGUGCCAAAUGCUCUUUCCUGAAACUAUCUAGAAUGUUAAGAUUCAAUGGCAGAGAACUGGAUAAUUUUUAAGAAGCGAGACCUCACUGGUCGGUGAAUCAGGUUCCUUUUUAUUUUAGUUAAUCCUCAACCAAGGAUAUUUGUCUCCCCAUUGAUUUUUAGAGAGUAGAAG